AACACCUUAAUACUAGCCCGUCAUCGUCCCCACCACUAUUUCCGACUCUCUCGUCUUCUGUCUAAGCUCAAAACCUUCAUUCUUCUCCUUCCUUUCAUCUUCCUCACAUGGAGGAUCACCAGAUUCUCUACCCUUCUAAACCAGCAAACCCCUUAAAGCUUUUCGGCUUCAGCGUCCACCACCAGCCACACGGACUUCGAGUUGAAGACGACGACGAGGUGCUUGCAGAUGAUGUCUCAGGCCCAAUCUCCAAGCAAACUUCCCCGUCUGGAUCGCCGGAUUCCGCAGCAUCCGCCGGUGGUGGAGCUUUCCCUGCUUCCUCCGGCGACAGGAAAUACGAGUGUCAGUAUUGUUGUCGCGAGUUUGCCAACUCGCAGGCCCUCGGUGGCCACCAGAACGCUCACAAGAAAGAGCGCCAGCAGCUGAAGCGAGCCCAGUUGCAAGCUUCACGAAACGCCGCCGUUUCGUUCGUGAGGAACCCGAUAAUCUCUGCCUUCGCCCCUCCGCCUCAUUUGCUUUCUCCGGCGGGCCACGUCAUGGUUCCGGCAGGUACUCCGUCGUCCUGGGUCUAUGUUCAGCCACGUGCAGCUCCUCAGCCGUUCCACGUGUCGGUAUCACACGGCUGCGUGUUCCCUUCGUCAACGAAUAGUACUUUCUGUGGUAGUAAUACUAGUCAGAGUAGGAGAUCGGCGGCCGCCGGGAUGUUAUCCUGUGGUGGCAGCGCAGGGGAGUCCAUGGGAUCUCAAGUACAUGGUAGGGCCCAUGGGCCAUCUUUAAGUAGAUUUUCGAAAGGGGAUGGUGGGCCCAACUUCGAUGACCCAUUGGGCUUGGACUUACAUCUAAGCCUUGCGCCAGCUGCGCCGUGAGCAUAAUUGGCUCGGCUUCAAUGUGUGAGUGAUUUAGCCAGCUCUAUUAUGAGUAUUUUAAUCUAAACGGCUUCCUAGUGAGCUUUGUGGAAGCUAUAAGGCUCACUCAACUUCUUGUAUAUUUUCAAAUUUUAUUUUUUAAUUUUUUUUAAGCAACUGGUUUCA